GUCGCCUGCAAAAGCUGCCCGGAGGAUUCUUUAACGGAUCCGAUAUCGAAACCGACCGCCAAAUCACACUGACGAUCCAAUUUUCUUCGCUCACAAUUGCAGUCUUUUCAUGACUUCAUCCUCGUUAUAGCAACAAUGUCAUCGUUCUUGCAAAAGCGAUCAACCCCCAAUCCAUUCACGAAGCCUUAUGCACUAUCCCCGCGCUUUUCAUCAGCAUUGCAGAGACCCAUUUCGAUCUUCACCCGUUCAGGCCUCAUAAUUCUGCUCUGUCUCGUGGUAUUCCUGGGAGUGCUGCUUCCUUGGACGGGAUUGCCCCAGUUCAUGUUCCAAAACUCCGCCGCCUCCCUCUCGAAAUGGCGCGACUACACGCUGGCAGAGGCGGUUUCGUUUGUCGCCAAGAAUGGGACUGUCAUCGUUUGUGCUGUGAGUCAGCCUUACUUGCCCUUUCUCAACAACUGGUUGAUUAGUAUUGCGAGACAGAAGCACCAAGAGAAGGUGCUGGUGAUAGCUGAGGAUUAUGCUACCCUCUAUAAGGUCAAUGAGAAAUGGCCUGGCCAUGGCGUGCUUGUCCCGCCGGCACCGGAUUCACAGACUGCCCAUAAGUUUGGUUCCCAGGGGUUCUUUAAUUUUACAUCUCGAAGGCCUCGGCAUUUGCUGCACAUUUUGGAGCUUGGGUAUAAUGUCAUGUAUAACGAUGUUGAUAUGGUCUGGUUGGGAGAUCCUUUUCCAUAUUUGGAAGGAAAGCAUGAUGUGUACUUCACAGAUGACAUGGCUGCGGUGAAGCCUCUGAACCACUUCCAUGAUUUGCCUCCUCCAGGGAAGAAAGGGCGCACUUACAUAUGUAGUUGCAUGAUUUUCCUCCGCCCCACAGAUGGAGCAAAACUAGUUAUGAAGAAAUGGAUUGAGGAGCUUCGGGCCCAGCCAUGGUCCAGAGCACAGAAAGCAAAUGAUCAACCUGCAUUUAACUGGGCAUUAAACAAAACUGUUGGACAGGUGGACCUCUACCUGCUACCGCAGGCGGCAUUUCCAACAGGAGGAUUGUACUUCAAGAACCAAACUUGGGUGCAGGAAACUAAGGGGAUGCACAUCAUAAUCCAUAAUAAUUAUAUCACAGGUUUUGAGAAGAAGAUCAAGCGUUUCCGUGAAUUUGGCCUCUGGUUGGUGGAUGAUCAUGUCCUUGAAUCUCCACUGGGCAAACUAUGAUAAGUUGUAGCUCAGAAGACCUUACUAUCUUCUGCUGCAGAGCCAAUCACAGCAUUGUUAACCCUCGGAUGAACUGCAGCUUGCCUGUUUACAUCGCCUUUUUUUUUUCAUUUACUCUCACGUUAUCAUGCAUAUAAACAUGGAGCAUUAGAAGCCAAUGGUGCAGCAGACUCUUUAACAGCUUUCUUCCUUUUCAACAAGGUUUAAUCGGGCACUUGCUGUUGAAUGUUGAACGGGACUGCAAACGCAUCUGAGUGCAACAGUUAAACAAAGUUCACAAUAUUCAAAUAUCUUUUCCAAGAAUCAAAAAAUAUGAGAAACAUAGAUUCUUCUGUUGUAUAAACUGCCUCAUUUAUU